AUGGCACACCAAGCACAUUCCUACCAUAUAGUUGACCCAAGCCCAUGGCCGAUCUUCGGCGCAGCUACAGCACUACUGACCACCUCAGGCCUAAUCAUAUGAUUUCACUACAACUCAUUAACCCUAUUAACAAUAGGCCUCCUUUCCAUGCUUCUUGUUAUAUUGCAAUGAUGACGAGAUGUAGUCCGAGAAAGUACCUUCCAAGGACACCAUACCCCAACCGUACAAAAAGGCCUACGAUAUGGCAUAAUCCUCUUUAUUACAUCAGAAGCCUUCUUCUUCCUAGGCUUCUUCUGAGCCUUCUUCCACUCAAGCCUAGCCCCAACACCAGAACUAGGAGGACAAUGACCACCCACAGGAAUUAACCCCAUAAACCCCCUCGAAGUCCCCCUUCUAAACACAGCAAUCCUCUUAGCCUCCGGCGUCACCGUAACAUGAGCCCACCACAGCAUUACCGAAGGAAAUCGAAAACAAGCCAUCCAUGCACUAACCCUUACCAUCAUCCUCGGAUUCUACUUCACUGCCUUACAAGCAAUAGAAUAUCAUGAAGCCUCAUUUUCGAUCGCUGAUAGCGUUUACGGCUCUACUUUCUUCGUUGCCACAGGAUUCCAUGGACUACACGUAAUCAUCGGAUCAUCCUUCCUAUCAGUCUGCCUCUUACGACUAAUCAAAUUCCACUUUACAUCAAACCACCAUUUCGGAUUCGAAGCAGCAGCCUGAUACUGACACUUCGUAGAUAUCAUCUGACUCUUCCUAUAUAUAUCAAUAUACUGAUGAGGAUCCU